AUGAAUUUAGAAUAUUCAUAAAAACUUUCACGAAAAUCCAGCCAAGAUGAUUGUAUCAAUAUGGAUACCGAUUUAUAAGAUAAAUGUUCGAGUUAAAUGGAAAUCGAAUAAUUCUCCAAUAGAAUUGAAACUCAUAAAUUUGUAGUUGGUAUCUCUAAACCUGGUGAGAUGAGAAUAGGACUACAAACUAUAAACAAAAAUAAAAUUACUGUCAAAGGAAUACUAGGAAUACAAGAAAAAUAAUGA